AUGUUUGCGAGCCCCUUCUCCGGGCGCCCCUACCCUCCACCUCUGCAGGCUGGCCGCGCCGCUCACACUCCAACACGGGCCGGUGCGGCCUCCGCCUCCGCAGCCGCAACACCUGCCAGCCCUUUCCAGAGGCUCAAGCCCAUCUGCGUACAGCUGCUCAGCUUCGUCCCGGACACCGGCAACGGCGGCAGCGGGAGCGGGAGCGGCAUCGGCCACCCCAGGCAACAAGCCCAGCCAAGCUCCCUCUCCACCAGCCUACAGCGCCUCACCCAUGUCCUCGCCGACGUCGCCACCGAGCGCCAGGAAGACGGCACGCCCGCCCUGACGCCCGCCCUCAUCCACUACGUCUUCUUUCCCAUCGCACAGCUUCUCCGUGCCUCUCCCCGAGGCGCCGCCGACUUGCCGGACCAUGCACGCCAGCUCAUCUUUGAGUGCCUCUCGCUCCUCGCGUCGCAGUGGUGGCGCGCGUGGUCACAGGCACCGCCACAACAGCAGCAGGCCUCGGACCCUCUGGUAGCGGAGAAGAAGGCGCCAGGGCAGCACGAAUGGGCCGUGUGGCAGCAGCUCGUCAUCCUCGCAUCGCUUGCCGUCGGCGGGUCACCCAGCCAGGCCGAGUCCGGCCCGUCGUCAUCUCCGUCCACCUCACAGGCUACCUUCAGUGACGAAACCCGCUUGGCUGCUGCCAACUUUCUCCACCAACUCUUGCUGCCGCGCCUCGAGGAACCUCCGCCACUUGCUCGCAGUCAGCCACGACCGGAGGCAAAGCAGCAGAACAAGGACUGGGAAUGGGACGGCGAGUCCGAGCUGCCUUCUCUCGACGAACUCGAAGCCGAACAGGAGCAGCUCGGAAAGACGACCGCAGCGGCGACAGAGGCACAGGCUCAGGACCACGAUACUCUACCGAGACGCCAGGCGUAUCCCAGCCCCGCCCACCUCAGCUUCGCUCUCACCGACACGGCGGCCAAGGGAGCGCUCGGACACGCCCUCACCUCGUGCCUCGAACUGGCCUGUCAAGGCGAGCGAAUGGUCGAUUUGCGGACUUCGAGCCUGCGCGUCUCCUACACCAUCCUCGUCACUUGGAUCGCCGCGGCCUCGUCUGACCGCGCCGAGAACCCGCAAGAGGACCAGGGUUCAGACGAGCAUCGAGACUUCCACAUCCCGACCCUGACGUAUGUCGAUCCUGAGCCGGCACCUGCGGGACCCACCGUGGACUCCGACACUCUGUCCCAACGAUCGGCCGCUCGCGUCCGGCCGCUUCUGCCUGGUAUCACCAGCUCCCUGACCCGCUUGAUAUCCAGCCGCCUCAAGCCAAGCGCGACCGCCCGAAAGAAGGAGACACCAGGUGCUCUGGUCGCCAUCGCACUGCAGAUGCUUCGAGAUAUGGUACUUCUCAGCCUCGGCGACGCUGCGACGAGAGCGUUCCGUCAGAAUGGCGAGAGCUCAGCCACCGAGGCUCAGGUCACAGGCGAGACGGAGGCCGCUGAGGUCGACGGCGUCGAUGGGCGACAGUCCAAGAUCAUGACGCUCGACGAUUUCACCAGCAUCGCCGAGUCACUCGCUCGUUCCGAGGCUGAGGUUGAGGAGCACGCUUCGGCAGACGAGAACGACGCAGGUGACGGGACAGACGCCCAAGGGCCGUCGGCUGCGGGCGACGACGAUGGAUCCCCAUCUCUGGAACCGCCAGUCGAGGAGACGGCCCGCAAGUACCUGCUGUCGACCCUGGCGCGGAUCCAGAUCGCCCUGCGGUCCUUUUCGCUCCUGGCCACGCCGUUUUCGACGCGGACGGUCUCUUCUGCGCCCGCUUCCUCGUCGGUCCGACGCGGCCUCAUCAGCCUCGCUGCUUCGCUCAUCGUACACAUGGGCGAGACGCUCGCCUGGUUCGAUGUCCAGCUGGGACAGCCAGCGACGGCAGCAGCGGCUGCAGGCUCGCGCGAGAGCGCGGUAGAGAUGCUGCUUUCGUGGAUCGUCGAUUCGGCCGGAGACGACGACAUCGAGGCCGUCAGCGCAGAUGCCCGAAAGGCGCUCGCCGUGCUCUUUGACGGCGACGAGGACGUCCUUUCCUCGCACCCGUCACCGCCGCCGGCCAGAGCGAGGACGCUCGCCGCUUUCUCGACCAUGAUCGCGAGAGGGCUGGCUGAACUGCCCAGAGCCAUCCGCGCCCAGGACGACGUCAAGGUGGAGCGUCUGGCUAUUCGACUGGGCACAGCCGUCAAGCUGGCUAGCGGCACUCUCCCGGCGCGAUCAGGUGCCGAUCCGCAUGCUGGGGUGCGCUGCAUCAGCUCGCCGGAAGCCAUCCGCGGCCUUGCGCACCUGUUUGGCGCCAGCGGUGGCAUCGAGCGCUGGGGGCUAGGCUUGGCCGAUGCGCUGCGCGUCAACCCUGUGCUCCUAACAGCACAGCAAGAUCUUGGGACCGACUGGCCGCCUCGGAUGUCGCUUGAAGGACUGCAGGCCGGAUCGGGCCGCAGCGUGACGGACAUGUUCCGCUCAUUCGGACGCGCCUGCGCCUCUGUCGCCACCGCCGCUAUCAGGACCAAGUCGGACGGCUCUGCUGCCAAGGCCAAGGACAAGGUCAAAGUCGAUACCUCGAGCUUCCACCUGAUCCUCUUUUUUGUCCGGCAAGGCGCUCGGUCCCGCACCUGCCGCGUCGGCACGACGGGCGACGACGCCAUCGAGGCGCUGCGUGCGCGCUCCAUGACGGCGCUCAUGAUCGCUGCGGAGCUGCUGUGCGGCGUGGCGGAAGAGCUCGACGACUCGAAGCUGGCGACCCAGAGCGCCGACGUGGGCAGGAGGCUGCGCAGGCUGGCGCACAAGUUUGGCAGGCAGGUGUUUGACAUGGUGCUCGAGCUCUGGGAGGGCGAUUGGGACGAGGUCGUCGAAGCCAGCCUGGUGGCGAGCAGCCGGGAACACGGCGGCGCUCGAGGCUCAGGCGGCGCGCGCAGGGACGUCACCGAGACCGCCAUCAGCGAGCGCGACGGCGGGGAUGCGCUGGUGGAGAGGGUCAAGGGACUCUCGAUCGACGUCGGCAGCCACGAGCGACCGGAGCGCUUCGGCCCAGCGCUAGACCUGGCGUUUGUCGGUGCAGCAACCAUCAAAGGCGGGUCAGGCAGCCUGACGACCUCAGGCUCGGGCGCGGGCGCGGCGGGGCAGCAGCGCCUGACGAUGGCGACCCGCCUGGCACGGGCCGAGACGUCGCAGGGCCUGAGCAACGCGUACCUCCUCUCGCUGCUCUCGUCAACGGCGACGAUGCUGGGCACGUCGUUCCGGCCGCUCCUCCUCCGCGCCAUCUACCCGCUCACGUCUGCGCUCGCCUCGCCGGAUGCGGCGCUGCGCGACGGGGCGGAGCGCGCCUUCCGCCAGAUUGCAUAUGCUAGCGCCUACGCCAGCGUGCAGAGCUGCGUGCUCGACCACGCCGACUACCUCCUCGGCGCCGCGUGCCAGCGUCUCAUUUCCGGACUGGACGAGGAGCUGCGCAGCCGUUUUGACGUCGCCGCGGCGGCGGGACCGGGCGAUCGCACAGACGAUGACGGGGUCGUCGAGGCGACGGUGACGACGCCGCUGAUUUCGGCACAGCGCGCACCGAUGGUGCUCGUCGAGAUGAUCAAGAUGCUCGGAUCGGAAGUGGUGCCCCUGGUCGAGGAUGCCGUCGACGAGAUCAUGGACGCCCUCGACCGCUUCCACGCCCACCGCGACGUGUGCACCGGUCUCCUCGGCGUGCUCGAUAGCGUCCUCGAGGUCCUCGCGGCCGAAGAAGCGGAUCGGACCAGGCUCGAGGCGGAGCAGCCGCAGCCACGACCCGACGAUGCCGUACCGCGUGUGCACGGGGACGGGGACGGGGACGGGGACGGGGACGCGGAUGCGCUCGUCGAGUUUGAAAAGUGGUAUCGGCGUCAGACGCAGUCGGGCCCGCCGGACGAUGAGCAGCUCGACGACGACGCCGUUCCGCCCGCACCUGCACCCGGUACUGCAUCCGCCUCUCCCACAAGGGACGACGGGACGACACCGAAGCCGACCAAGACACAGACGGUGGUGCGCCAGAUCAUGGUCAAGGCGCUCCCCUUCCUCUCGCACCCGUCGAGCAUGCUCCGCGCCUCGGUGCUCCACCUCCUACGGCACGGCGUCUCGGUCCUCGGCUCGCAGAACCAAGAGGCCGAGCUCCUCCCCGUUGUCAACUCGUUCUGGCCCUUUCUCAUGGCCCGUCUCGGAUCCUCGCUCACCACGUCCAAGCCGACGGCACGGAAACGGAUCCUCAAUCUCGAUUCGGCGGGAAUCCCGCGCAAGGGCGAACAAGUAGAGGCGGGACUGAGCGAGCCGGAACCCUUUGUGUGGAUCGAAGCUGUCCGGCUCGUCGAAAAGCUGGCCGAGGAGGUCGUCGAGUUCGUCGGCAAGCGGCUCGAGAGGGAGGCAUGGCCGCGCUUCGAGCUGUUGCUCCUCGUCCUCUUCCAUCGCUUCGGACCGGCAUCGCAUCCACGCCAAGCCGCAACGGAUCCUGCGCGCCGUCUCGCCCCGUCCUCUGGCUUGGACGCCACGGAUGCAGGACGACGACGCCACAGGGGAACGCCGCCGCUCAUCCUCGCCUCGUCCAGCAGCGUGCCGGCGCACAUCGUGCUGUCGAUCCUCACCACCCUCGCCAAGGUGACGACGCACAUGGGCGUCAGGAUGUCGGACGAGGUGGCGUGGUCCAUCACCUGCAACCCGCACCUCCUCGCCUGCCUCGACCGACGGCAGCCGGACAAGAUCCGACGCGCGGGCGAAGCACUGUACGCUGCGCUGGCGCGCAGAAACUGGGAUGCGACCUGGCUGGCGUUGACCUCGGCUUUUGGACGGCCCGGGCGCCGAGACGACGAGGACGGAGUCAAUGCAGAUGCGGAAGAAGGAGGGGACGGACUGGCAUUCCUGCGUCAGGACUGGAUCCUGCCUUCGCUGGGGAUGCUGGAUCGGAUAUUGGGGGCCUGA